CCGUAUUGUUUAUAUAGUUUCCAACGCCGAACGAGAAUGCAAUGUGGCGAUAUCAGUUGCUGAUAAGCACUGGAAACCCCGCAACACACGACCUCCUCCGAACGACGACGACGAUGACUGCCACCAAGAAGCGCCUGAAGAUCGUGGCGGCCGCCUCGCUGGUGCUCCUGCUGCUGGUCUACCUGUACCGCGCGGUCAGCGUUUCUGUGGGCGGCGGAAUGUCCUCCAUUUCCCUUUCCGCCGGCGAGGCGGAGGUUCAGGCCCGCUGGCCGCCCACCGAGAGUCCGCUGCAGCGUAGCCUCCAGCUGGCCUACGAGGAGCAGAGCGCCCUGAUCCGGGAGCAGAAGGCCGAGCUGCAGCGCACCAGGGAGCAGCUGGCGGAGCUAGAGGAUCAGAUCCGCAGUCUGCAGUCCAGUACGCCGCGCAAGUAUCCGAAGGUCAAGUACCUGAACUACAAGAACCGCAAGCGCAUCCUGAUCACCGGAGGAGCCGGCUUCGUGGGCUCCCACCUGGUCGACGAUCUGAUGGUCCAGGGACACGAGGUCAUCGUGGUGGACAACUUCUUCACCGGACGCAAGCGCAAUGUGGAGCACUGGCUGGGGCACGAGAACUUCGAGCUGAUCCACCACGACAUCGUGAAUCCGCUGUUCAUCGAGAUCGAUGAGAUCUACCAUUUGGCAUCGCCAGCCUCGCCGCCGCACUACAUGUACAAUCCGGUGAAGACCAUCAAGACGAACACCAUGGGCACCAUCAAUGUGCUGGGCCUAGCCAAGCGCGUAAUGGCCAAAGUUCUAAUAGCCAGCACAUCGGAGGUUUACGGCGAUCCCACGGUGCAUCCGCAGCCGGAAACCUACUGGGGUCAUGUUAAUCCCAUUGGACCAAGAGCCUGCUACGACGAGGGAAAGCGAGUCUCCGAGACGCUGAGCUAUGCAUACGCCAAACAGGAGAAGGUGCAGGUGCGCGUGGCGCGCAUCUUCAACACCUAUGGACCGAGGAUGCACAUGAACGAUGGACGCGUGGUGUCCAACUUUAUACUACAGGCGCUGAGGAAUGAAACCAUCACGGUCUACGGAAAUGGCAAGCAAACUAGGUCCUUUCAGUACGUUUCGGAUCUGGUGGAUGGGAUGAUAGCCCUGAUGGGAUCCAACUACACGCAGCCGGUGAAUUUAGGCAAUCCCGUGGAGCAGACAAUCGGUGAAUUUGCCGAGAUCAUCAAGCAACUGGUCGGCGGGCCGAGUGUGAUAAAGCAAACGAAGGCCGUGGAGGAUGAUCCGCAGCGCCGGAAACCGGACAUCACCCGCGCCCGGGAGCAUCUCCAUUGGGAGCCAAAGGUUCCCCUGGAGACCGGACUCCAGCGGACCAUCUCCUAUUUCCGCAACGAGCUGGCGCGCAGCGACCGCUUCCAGGAGAACUCCAACAAGUACUUCGAUACACCGUAAAACCAUAAACCCGUAGCAUUAAUUGGGUCUAGCUUUAGUUGGUGAUGAUGCAACGUCUCUAGUCUGCAACUGUAAAUAUGACCAUCGAUAGCACUAAUUGUAAGCCUUGAGGACCAUGGUUCUAUCUAAUUAAUAGACGUAGU